AUGUCGACGCUAACCGAGACCCCGUCCGAUAGGUUCAAGAAGCAUGUCGCAUUUGACAAUGUCACAACCGGCGAACCGACUAAGAAUAAUGCUAUCUCAUUUACGCUCAAUGUUCGACAUAAGGGUUACCAGGCUAGGCGCAGAUCGCGGUGUUUCAUGGUUGGUGUUGACGAGCAUACCUACUCCGAUUAUGCGUUGCAGUGGCUGCUUGACGAACUGGUCGAUGAUGGCGACGACGUUGUUUGCGUGCGAGUAGUCGACAAAGAACUGCGACUUACGGACAAGCAGUACAGGGACGAUGCAGACUCGGUUAUGAAGGGAAUCGUUGCUCGGAAUGGUAACAACAGAGCCAUCAACAUUGUCCUUGAAUAUGCUGUGGGCAAGUUACACACGACUUUUCAAGUCCUAAUCCAAAUGUACCAGCCUGCAAUGCUCAUUGUGGGAACUAGAGGACGCACCCUCGGUGGCCUUCAAGGCCUGGUUAACACCCGCAACUCGUUUUCCAAAUACUGUCUCCAAUAUUCACCAGUCCCAGUGGUUGUGGUUCGACCUACCGAGAAGCGCAUCAAAAAGAAGGCCAAACGUGCCAAUGACUCUGCCCGACAGACCUACGUGAGCAUGUUGGCUGCAAACGCCGGGAAACAUGAGGCCGAUAGCGAGGCAAGUAGCAUCUAUGAGCUCGAGGUCCAUAACUCGCCCGAUGAAGAAGCGCACCAAGUCGCACGUGCUUUAGGACUGCCUGCAUCUUUCGACCCUACGAUCAAGCCCCUCAACCAUAACCAGAUACCGAGUCGCAGGUCCCCCGACCCUACUGCUACUGCGGGCCCUGUCAAUGAGUCCUCGGAGAGCCAGAGAGUUGCCAAAGACGAUGCCAGUGUCGCUGCUGAGAGUGAUGACGAUGACGAUGAUGACGAUGACUCUGGAGAGUUCGAAGUUAUGAGCGGGCAACAAGCUUUGGACAGGCAGAAGAUGGAUCAGCUUCAUAAGAUGGAGGUCGGUGAGGCAGCAGCGCUCAAGAUGAAGGUGGACGAGGAACUCGACGAAGAAGACGAUACCCCGUCAGGCGCGAAAGCCACAUCAUAG